AUGCCGCAGGAUUCUCAAGAAAUGUCUACCAAAACAUACAUGAAGAAGUUAUACAUCGUGGUGUUCCUUUAUCAGUGUGCUAACGCUCUACUCCUUCCCAUCAUGCCUUACUUUACCAACUCUCUUAAUGCAAAUGUAACCGAGUAUGGUCUUGUAUUCACUGUCUAUUACGUUGCUCAACUCAUCAGUCUUUGUCACUCAAUAGGAUUAUUUAUAGGCUCUUUGUCAUUUGGUGGAAUCGGUGAUAAAUAUGGAAGGAGGGUCGCCGUUUGCGUCCCCCUGAUUGGUAUUGCCAUUUUCACAACGUGUGAAGUGUUUUGUACCAAUGUGCGAUUGCUCAUUCUUUGGCGCGUAUUGACGGGUCUCUUCGAUUGUCUCACUGCCGUCUCGCAAGCUUGUGUAGGUGACGUGACCACCUUUAAGGAGCGUGCCUCCUACCUUGCCGAGUUGGAGGCUGUCAACAAUGUCGCCCAGUCUUUUAGUCCCAUCGUGGGAGCUCUUUUGGCCAACUACAGCCUCCGCUACGCAGUCGCUGCCUCUGCGAUUUUUUACAUCUUCUCCGCCCUAAUCUCUGUCUUCAUGCUCCCUGAAAGCGUUCCCUCGAUCCUGGAGCGUUCUCGGAUGGUGGAGACCCUCCGCCAGCAGAACCUCCCCGCGGAAGUGUUCGAGGCGCGCAAGAAGCAGCUGCUGCACCAAUUCUCCCUGCAACAACAAGGCCUGUCGCAAGCCACCGCGAGCUCCAAGCAGAGCAAGCGGCUGCACUUCAACUACGUGAUGGUGAUCGCGCUGAUCGGCGAGUUCGCCUCGCGCUGGCUCAUCAACGUCUUCGACGUGACCUUCUCCGUGUACGGCGAGGAGCACUUCGGCGUGUCCUCCUCGCUCUACUCCUACACCACCGCCGUCGGCAGCAUGGUCAACAUCUUCCAGACCGGCUGGCUCUUCAACCGCCUGCUCCGCUGGGACGUCUCCAUCCCCCUCAUCACCUCCAUGACCGGCGUCUGCGGCGCCAUCGGCAUCUUCACCUGUCUCUUCGCGCCCAACAAGGCCGUCGCGAUCCUGGGCUCCGUGUUCUUCAUCUUCGCCUACGGCUGCGCCGCGCCCACCGCGCCCACCGUCAUGUCGGUACGUCUGCCCAGCGAGGCCUCACGCGCAGACCGAAAGCCCCGCGCACUUGCAGGGCGUCGGCACGGCGUCGGUGCUCAUCGGCGGGCAAUCCGCGUACAUCCUCGCGCCCAACAUCCUCUCCUCGCUCUACGCGGUGGACUACCGACUGCCCUUCUACUGCAGUCUGGUGCCCUGCGCGGCGGUGUUCAUCAGCAUGCUGAUCCUGCAUUUCAUCCCUGGAGGCCGCACGGCGGGCCAGGUGCCGCUGGAGUUCGCGCUGGAGAGCAUGGUGAAGAACCAGAAGCUGGAGGGCGUGGAUAA